CCAGCUGGGAACUUCGGCUAUUGUUUUUCUUUAUUGCGAUGCAACUGUUCCCUCUUGUGUGUAUGUGUUUGACCACUAAGCUUGUUUGACCAAUCAAAUAAAACAGAAAGCAGCACCUAUUAGACACAUUGCACGAGGUUUUUUCCCGUAUAAUUGACGCAGCUUUCGCAUACCUCUGUAGUUAGGAUUUAUGGCACCCAUUCUCUGCUGAAUCCAAUUAUGGUUGGAAUCUACUGAAUCCAAGUGCAUGCUUACAAUUUGGCAGACGGCUAAUAAACCAAAUGCUGUAUUUAGCGCACAGGAUGAAAACAGUAAAAAGAUAGGAAACGUAGAAGAAAACUAUAAAGUAAAUGACCACUCUGACAUCUAGGAGACAUAUUAGAAAUUGAGCGCUUGUAAUUGAAACUGCAUCUGUUAUUAAAGCUAUCACGCAGAAAGAAAAAAAAAAAGCUUCGCUGUCCAAGUAUGUAAGCCCUUGCCCUCAAUCGAGGCGGCUGAAAUUGGUCAUUGGUUGUUCGCCAGCCAAGCGAAAGAGCUAAAGGGACGCGCGUUUUCUGUGCAAACAUGCAGUCGCUGUUUUCUUAUGUCUUACUCUUAAUUUCAGCAGUAUUGCUGGAAGUACCUAUCGCUUCAGGCAAAGCAAAACACCAACUGAAACACGAUGUCACGGAUGCAUUUAAGGUAUAUGAGGUAUUCCCUUACGCCAUUACCGCGUUUGAUUCGGAUGAUGAUGGAGAUCUGGACUGUGCGAUGGCUGUGCGGCAACAGCUCGAUGAGAACAAGAAGACUGCUACCUACGUAUUUGUGCUACCACCCGUUAACGGACGUCAAGCAGAGAACCACACCUACCAUGUAAAGGAAGGAUCAACAACCGACAAACCUGUCUUCACGGUGGAUGACGGUGCUGAUGGGGAGAAAACGGCGAAUGUGAUAUACAGCAACUACGAGGAUUGCGCCGUAGUGGACUUCCCGUUCAAGAUGAGACAAAGCUGUGGUCUAUGGGUCACCAAAGAUGUGUUGCACAGUUUUCCGCAGGAAUGCAUUGACCAGUUCGAGGACAACUGCGACAAGGCGGUCGCGGUGUUCGACGAUGAAACUUGCAAGAGUGUGUUCGACAAUAUCUAGUGCACUUUUCAAGUGCGUGUAUUUUCACGAGUGUUCGGUCAUUAGUACCGAAUAAUAAAUUG